GGCGCGAGUCUGGUGACGUUGUCCGGACUUGCGAGCGGCACAGACCCCAACUUGCGGCAUGUCUACUUUCAGAACAGCAACUUCUCAGUCCUCCUAUAGGAAGAUGUUCGGCGGAGAUAGAACCGUGAGAAGCAGCUACUCCAGCCGCCAAUAUUCCGCUCCCAUGCGCACCACCCGGGUGUUGUCGUUCGGGGCGCCCGGGGGCGCCGGCGGCGUCGUCUAUGCCACCAAGACGCAGCGUCUGCGCAGCAGCAACGCCGCGGCCAUGCCCCGGCUCGCCUCGGAGCAGCUGGACUUCACGCUGUCCGACGCCAUCAACAGCGAGUUCAUCGCCAACCGCACCAGCGAGAAGGCGCAGAUGCAGUCGCUCAACGACCGCUUCGCCAGCUACAUCGAGAAGGUGCGCUUCCUGGAGCAGCAGAAUAAAAUCCUGCUGGCCGAGCUGGAGCAGCUCCGCGGCAAGGGCACGUCGCGAGUCGGCGACCUGUACGAGGAUCAGAUGCGCGAGCUGAGGCGCCAGGUGGACCAGCUGAGCAACGAGAAGGCCCGGGUGGAGGUGCACCGGGACAACUUGGCCGACGACAUCGGGAGGCUCCGAGACAAGUUGCAGGAUGAGAUGUCCCUGAGGGAAGAGGCCGAGGCAAACAUGCAGAGCUUCCGACAGGAUGUGGACAACGCUGCCCUCGCCAGACUGGACCUAGAGAGGAAGGUGGAUUCUCUCCAGGAGGAAAUUGACUUCCUCAAGAAGCUGCAUGAUGAGGAAAUGUUGGAGCUGCAGAACCAGAUCCACAUGCAGCAGCAUGUGCAGGUUGACAUGGAAGUGGCCAAGCCGGACCUGACUGCUGCCCUGAGGGACGUCCGUUUGCAGUAUGAGAACCUGGCCUCCAAAAACAUCCAGGAGUCUGAGGAUUGGUACAAGUCCAAGUUUGCCGAUCUCACUGAAGCGGCCGCCCGCAACAACGAAGCUCUGAGGCUGGCCAAGCAGGAGGCCAACGACUACCGACGCCAGGUUCAGGCUCUUACCUGUGAGGUGGAUGCCCUCAAGGGAACCAACGAGUCGCUGGAGCGGCAGAUGCGAGAGAUGGAGGACAACUUUUCGGCGGAGACAGCGGGCUAUCAGGAAACGGUGGCGCGGCUGGAAGACGACAUUCACAACAUGAAGGAUGAGAUGGCUCGCCACCUGCGGGAGUACCAGGACCUCCUCAACGUCAAAAUGGCCCUGGACAUCGAGAUCGCCACCUACAGGAAGCUGCUGGAAGGAGAAGAGAACAGAAUCUCCACCCCAAUGCCGAACUUGUCCUCCCUCAACCUGAGAGAAACCAUGAUCGAUUACAAACCUCAAGUGGAAACCACAACCACCAAGAAGGUUCUCAUCAAGACCAUCGAGACCAGAGACGGUCAGGUGAUCAACGAGUCGACCCAAAACCACGAUGACAUGGAGUAAUAAGGCCACACACAAACGAUACGAUGUUCACUGGCUCUGCACUCAAUGACACUCUUAGCUUUGAAAAGUGCCUUUUAUAUGUCAUGAUUUGGUGAGCGAGUUAGUUUGAAACAAUGUGUUGAGCUUCCAUUUCUCUUCUCUUUUUUUUUUUUGUCUCAGACACAAUAAUUAACAAUAAAAAUAGCAUUCCUGGACACACAUAGUCAGACAAAGCAUCUCACUUGUAGUCAACCUUUUGCUAGAUUCAGUUUGUACACAACCAAAUGCUAAAUGCGUCACCGUUGCCUUAUAUUCAGCAAUAAACUAAUAAGACUGUGA